AUGUCCUUGGGUCCACCACAUCUGCCAUCGCCAGCACUGACCCCAAGAUCUGAACUUCCACAGCCUGCGGCUAAUUCGAUUCCUGAUCAGGCAGCUCUGAGGGCGGAAUUGGAGAUAACAUUACUUCGACUGACUCAGGAUCUUUAUGAGCUGGAGAUAUGCGCCGGUGAUGUUGAGAAAGAGAGAGAGGAUGCUGUACCCACAUACCUAAUGAACGUGAAUCAAGGAUUUAUCAAUCUCGAGAGAAUAGCCAGUCAAUUAGGCGAUAGUGUUCCUCAUCAGGUGGUAGAUCACAUCGACCGGUUCAAAAAUCCUCAUGUAGUUACUAAAAACACUUUAACGCGUGCUGUUGGAGAGAAUCAAUACGCUCUAGGCAGGGUACUAGGUUUAGAAAGCUUCCGACGUCAAUUACACGAUGCUCUUUCGAGCGAGUUCCCGGAAGCUGCUUUACCUGAACGAAGGCAUCAUCCCAUAGUGCCGAUCAAGGUGGAUGACGAGGAGUGUGACGGGAACGGGAAAGUCACUCGAAGUAACGGAGGUUCCGAUGUUAGCAACGUGAAGGUGGAAGAAGGUAGAGAAGUGGUGAUCAGUGGGAACGACCAAGCAUAG